UCUCCGCGGCCCUGGAUCGGUGGCGGCGGCUGAAGAGAGGAGCGGGCCCGGGGGCUACGCUGCCUCGGUUCUGCUAGAGCCCGAGUUUGGUUGAAAAAACACCUAUUUAUUGGAGCCUUCUUGAUUUAGAAAGAGAUGUGGGGGGAUUCUCGAUCUGCUAAGAGAACAGGACCUUUUCGUGGGAGCCAAGAAGAAAGGUUUGCUCCCGGGUGGAACAGGGACUACCCUCCUCCCCUUAAGAGUCAUGCUCAAGAGAGACACUCUGGCAACUUUCCUGGCAGAGACUCACUUCCCUUUGAUUUCCAGGGGCGUUACGACUAUGGCUAUGUCUGCGUGGAGUUUUCACUCUUGGAAGAUGCCAUCGGAUGCAUGGAGGCCAACCAGGGAACUCUAAUCAUCCAUGACCAAGAGGUCACCCUUGAGUACAUACCAAGCCCAGAUUUUUGGUACUGCAAACGGCAUAAAGGCAACACUAGUGGACACAGGUCUUCAUGCUCAUUCUGCAAAGGCCCACGGGAAGAGGCAAAGCAGGAAUUAAUAACCUAUCCUCAGCCUCAGAAGACAUCUAUACCAGCAUUAUCAGAAAACCAGCCCCCAAGAACAGGUGAUAAGGAAACUGAAUCCAAGAAGCGGGAAGAAGGACAAGAGUCACGCUUAGGGCACCAAAAGAGAGAAGCCGAAAGGUAUCCUUCUCGAAGAGAAGGGCUUCACUUCCGAAGAGACCGAGAGAAGGAGCCAUGGCCUGGGGAGACCCGGCAGGACGGAGAGAGCAAAACAAUCAUGCUGAAGCGCAUCUAUCGGUCUACCCCGCCCGAGGUGAUAGUCGAAGUGCUGGAGCCCUACGUCCACCUCACGACUGCCAAUGUCCGCAUUAUCAAGAACAGAACCGGACCCAUGGGCCACACCUACGGCUUCAUCGACCUCGACUCCCAUGCGGAAGCACUUCGCGUCGUGAAGAUAUUGCAGAAUCUUGACCCACCGUUCAGCAUUGAUGGGAAGAUGGUCGCUGUGAACCUGGCCACUGGGAAACGGAGAAAUGAUUCUGGGGACCUUUCUGACCACAUGCACUACUACCAGGGUAAAAAAUAUUUCCGAGAUAGGAGGGGCAGUGGCAGAAAUUCAGACUGGUCUUCAGAUUCACAUCGCCCAGGACAGCAGUCAUCAUCUGAUUGCUACAUAUACGAUUCUGCUACUGGUUACUAUUAUGACCCCUUGGCAGGAACUUACUAUGAUCCCAAUACCCAGCAAGAAGUGUAUGUACCCCAGGACCCAGGGUCCCCUGAGGAAGAAGAGAUCAAGGAAAAGAAGCCUGCAGGCCAAGGAAAGUCAAGUGGCAAGAAGGAAACUUCUAAAAGAGACAGCAAAGAGAAAAAGGACAAAGGCGUGGCGAAGUUUCAGGAAAAUGCCAGUGAGGAGAAGGCCCCCCUAGAAGACGUCUUUAAGAAGCCCCUGCCUCCCACUGUGAAGAAGGAAGAGAGUCCACCUCCACCGAAGGUGGUAAACCCCCUCAUCGGCCUCCUUGGAGAGUAUGGAGGAGACAGUGACUAUGAGGAAGAAGAAGAGGAGGAGCAGCAGGCCCCUCCCCCACAGCCUCGCGUAACACAGCCCCAGCAAAGGGAGGAGCUGAACAGAAAGGAGAACGAAGAAGACAAACUCACUGACUGGAUCAAACUGGCUUGUCUGCUCUGCAGAAGGCAGUUCCCCAAUAAGGAGGUUCUCAUCAAACACCAGCAACUCUCAGACCUGCACAAGCAAAACCUGGAAAUCCACCGGAAGAUCAAACAGUCUGAGCAGGAGCUAGCCUACCUGGAGAGGCGAGAAAGAGAGGGCAAGUUUAAAGAAAGAGGGAAUGAUCGCAGGGAGAAGCUCCAAUCUUUGGAUUCUCCCGAACGGAAACGGAUUAAAUACGCCCGGGAAACUGACAGUGACCGGAAGCCUGUGGGUAAAGAUGGUAUCGACAGUAGCAAAGGAGGCUGUGUCCAGCAGGCCACUGGCUGGAAGAAGGGUACGGGCUUGGGAUAUGGCCAGCCUGGCUUGGCUUCAGCAGAAGAGACUGAAGGCAAGAUGCGGGGCCCCGGUGGGGGAGCCCCCGGAAGAACUAGCAAGAGACAGUCCAACGAGACUUACCGAGACGCCGUGCGAAGAGUCAUGUUCGCGCGGUAUAAAGAACUUGAUUAAAGGACGGAGACAAGUCCCACAGGACACAGCCUCCUCCUUGUGUUGUUUGUCCGUCUCCUUUUGUUUUGUUACUCUUCUUGCUGCUAGAACUUUUUUAAAUAAACUGUUUUUCAAUGUGA